AUGACGUCGCCGUCACAGUCUUCAAAACCACAGUCGAAGCCUCCGCCGAAGUCGCAAGCGCAACCCGAGCGCACAGCCAAGUACGUCGGCGUCGAUGCCGCCACACAGUACUCUCCCAUGGAGCCACACAACUACUUUGCGCCGCGCAAACCCCCCGCACAACAAUCGCCAUUGAGGAACACUCCGUCGGUGCCUGGCGCCUACCCGUCACAAGCCCAGUCCGAGCAGGCCUCUCAGGGCGAUUCGGCCUCUACGGUGCCUACCGAACAGUCGACAACUGUGGUCGACUCCCAGUCUGUGGCUACUACCGAGACUCUUCUGGAUGAGGAGCCGCCGAUGCUGAAGGCGCCGCACCCUCUGUCGCCCGUGAAGCGACGCAACUCCCAAGGGCCCGGCGCAUCAACCGGGGAAUCAUCGGCAGGUGGGCAGCACUCGGGGGCGUUGCCGAAGCGCGUUAAGCCCGACACGGCACCCCCGAAAGUACUACCCGUGCGGUACGAAUUGUGUGCGAUUGAGGAUAUCGUGGUCCUCAUAGCGAACAUGCUGGCUGAACUAAUAGAGACCAACGACGCCCUGGCCAUGAGGUCAGGGCACCUCACAAGAUUCCACAGCCGGACAGCGCCGGGAAUAUCUGUGUUGGAUUAUUUGCAUCGUCUUGCUAAGCACGCGACGCUGCCUCCGCCACUACUCCUCUCCAUGGUUUACUACAUUGACCGAUUGUGUGCAUUAUACCCGGACUUUACGAUCAACACUUUAACAGUUCACCGAUUCCUUAUCACGGCGGCCACAGUCGCCGCGAAGGGACUGUCGGAUUCAUUUUGGAACAACUCCACGUACGCGAGAGUGGGUGGCGUAAGGGUAGCCGAGCUGAAACUGCUAGAGCUAGAGUUCUUACACAGGGUGGACUGGAAAAUCGUUCCAGAUCCGGAGGUCCUUGUGGCCUAUUACAGGGGGCUGGUGCAGAGGUCGCCUGCUUAUGUGCUUGAAGACGAGGUGGACCAGGACGAUGAGGACGAGUCGACCGAGAUAUCUGAUGAGGCGGACGAAGAUGUCGAAGAGGUAGAGAACGCUAGCGAGAGCGAGAUCCCCCCUCAAACUGAACCACCAGACACCUCAUCUCAAGCGUAG